CCAAGCUAAUGGCCAGCAGACCGCGCGACCAACAUAAAUCCAUAAAAACAUGAAAAGGAAAACGAGCGAGAGAAAAUAAUUAAAUUGCAAUUAUGUGCAAACAAUUCCAAAUCCGGACGAUUCGGAAAAAGUUAAUUACACGACAAUAAAGCGCAGAAGAACGGGAAUGGAUAUGUGGCUAAGGUGUAUGCGCCCAAAUGAAAAAGGGUUUCCCUGCAACCUUGGACACAUUAUCUGGUUAAACUUAUUAACCCCUGGGCCGCAAAACUUUAAUUAGUUAACCCUGUGCCCGCUGGAAGCUCGGAAUGCGAGUAAAUCAGGUUGAUGAGUGACUGACUGGCUGGCUGACUGACUGGCUGACUGACCGACGGACAGUCCGGUGGCUCCCGGUUCACGGAGUUCGGACAAGUUUAAUUAGAUCUGCAUAUGCAAUGAGGACUCGGAGGGUUCGUUCCGGUAAACAGGUUAACGAACUGCCGGAACGGACAAGUGGCCAGCAGUUUGCGUUUGGCGGCGAAAGGAUGCGCUGUCUGGGGAUUCUGAUUGUGGCUAACAUAUCCCUGGCGAUGGCCACUUCAAUUCCCAUUCCCAUUGCCAACGAUUCACCACUCGGUGGCUACGAGAUGCAUCUGAAAAUAUUGCUACAGAAAAUCCUGUGGGUGGCCAAUGUGAAGAGAUGCUUUGCCGUUAUCACAGAUGAUCUGCAUUAUCCCAUAUACGAUCGGAGAUUUUUUGAAUCCGUGGGUCGACGAGUAAUACCCUUCUUUGUGAUGCGUACCAAUGAAAGUGAGGAUCUGCAGCGACCAUCCAAACAAGUUGAACUCUUUGUUAAGGCCAUCAAAUCCAGUGAUUGUGAACUGAAUGUAAUCACCAUCCUAAAUGGCUGGCAGGUGCAACGAUUUCUUGGCUAUAUAUACGAUAACAGAUCUUUGAAUAUGCAGAAAAAGUUUGUAUUAUUAUACGAUUCGCGACUUUUUGAGAGCGAUAUGAUUCACAUAUGGAGCGUUUUUAUCGGUACCAUUUUUCUCAAAAGGCAGCUGGACAACAAGUAUACAAUUUCUACCAUAGCCUUUCCGGGCAUUUUGAGUGGCGUUUUAGUGAUGAAAAAUAUUGUUAACUGGGAGCUGGGAAAAGGUGUGAAUGGAAGGAUUCUAUUUGCGGACAAAACAAGCAACUUAUUCGGAACCCCGUUGCCAGUGGCCAUUUCCGAGCACGUGCCCAUGGUUCUAUGGGCAAAUGCGACCAAGAGCUUCCAAGGAGUCGAGGUUGAGAUUAUGAAUGCCCUGGGCAAGGCACUAAACUUCAAGCCCGUUUACUACAAGCCCAAUCAAACGGAGAACAUGGACUGGGAGCUAGAUGGUACUGCCUAUGGAGGUGGUAAUCUGGAUGGAUUUGGACAGAAUGGGACACACAUUGACUCGAUGCUUGUGGAUGAGGUGGCUGCGCACAGUGCCCGCUUUGCCAUUGGGGAUUUGCAUCUGUUCCAGGUGUACCUAAAAUUGGUGGAGCUAAGUGCGCCGCAUAAUUUCGAAUGCCUGACCUUUCUCACACCGGAAUCCUCGACGGAUAACUCCUGGCAGACCUUCAUCCUGCCCUUCAGCGCUGGAAUGUGGGUGGGGGUUCUGCUCUCCCUUUUCGUGGUGGGCACUGUUUUUUAUGCCAUCAGUUUUUUGAACGCCAUUAUCAACGGAAAUGUGUCCUCUGAGUUUUUUCGCUGCCUACGACCAAAUCGCAGCGUGCCCAUGGAUCCAAAGAUCUAUCGUCGCAUUAGUUUUCGCAUCGCCAUCAGUCGGUAUCGUCCAUCUAAAGGAGAUCGGAUGCCCAGGGAUCUCUUCGAUGGCUAUGCCAACUGCAUCCUGCUCACGUAUAGUAUGCUCCUAUAUGUGGCUCUACCACGAAUGCCACGAAAUUGGCCACUGCGGGUGCUCACUGGUUGGUACUGGAUCUACUGCAUCCUCUUGGUGGCCACAUAUAGGGCCAGCUUCACUGCCAUUUUGGCCAAUCCAGCUGCCAGGGUUACUAUCGACACACUGGAGGAUCUGCUGCGAUCUCAUAUACCGCCAUCUGCCGGAGCAAAUGAGAACAGGCAGUUUUUCCUGGAUGCCAAUGAUGAGGUUGCUCGAAAAGUUGGCGAAAAGAUGCAGGUGGUCGGCUACAGCGAUGAUUUGACCUCUCGCAUAGCCAAAGGUCAGUGCGCCUACUAUGACAACGAGUUCUAUCUGCGCUACUUACGAGUGGCGGACGAAUCCGGAUCCGCUCUCCACAUCAUGAAGGAAUGUGUGCUCCAUAUGCCCGUAGUGCUGGCCAUGGAGAAGAACUCGGCUCUGAAGCCACGGGUAGAUGCAUCCAUUCAACAUCUGGCGGAGGGUGGUCUGAUAGCCAAGUGGCUCAAGGAUGCCAUAGAGCAUCUGCCGGCGGAGGCACUUGCUCAACAGGAGGCCCUGAUGAAUAUCCAAAAAUUCUGGAGCUCUUUUGUGGCCUUGUUGAUUGGUUACGUAAUCUCGUUGCUAACGCUGCUCGCUGAAAGAUGGCAUUUCAAGCACAUCGUUAUGAAGCAUCCCAUGUAUGAUGUGUACAAUCCAAGCUUGUAUUAUAAUUUUAAGCGAAUAUAUCCGCAGCAUUGAACUCAAGAUUGCUGCCUAGAAAUAUAUCUAUAUAUCUUUUUUGCACAUCACUUUAAAAACAUUCCAUGCCAUCGCCCUAAGUACAUAAUCUCAAGUACUGCAAGUUGUCAAUCGAGCACAACAUUCCAUAAAGUAAUGAUAUAUGCACACACAUGCCCAAUAUUUAUAAUGACAAAUGUAUCUGGGAUACUUGAGCACUGAAGUCUUCAUUGACGUACUGAGAAGAAAUGGAGGGGCCUUGGCAAAUGCGAUCGAUGGAUAUAUAGUGCCAUUUAUCACGAGGAGCCAAGUGGCCUCAAGUACCAGUGGCAAUGUGGUGGUGGUGAAUAAAUUCAAGAGUCUCAAGCGAUUCCUUCAAUCACUUUUCGUAAAUACUGAUUUGCAUUGUUUAUGAGUUAAUGCACAUUAGGCAUUAUUUGUUUAUGGCCAUAUCACAAAUCCUGAGAAAGCUGAAAUGAUAAAAGCCCAUAAAUAAAGCCAUUCUUAAGUGCCAAACUAAACCCCAAAAACACACAAAAAUUCUAUAUAAAAACCGAAAAUCCCCUCGAGAAUUGGAAAACUCACGGGCACUUCAAAACAUUUUUUGAAUGGCAACGGCAAUUAAAAUUCGAAAUUUUCAUCUGAUGAGGUAGCCAGCCAGAAACCAGACGUGCUAAGUAAUGCACAAUCCAAAGGUUAAUAACAAUCAUAAUAAUUAAUAGGCUUUUAUUUGGCCAUCUCUUUAGAAGUUUUCCAUAUAUCUUUUUCCACGUUUUUGAGGUGAGGCAACAGAAAAUGGCUUAUUUAUUUACGGAAUUAACAAAUCAUUCGGACCAUUCUGUCUAAUAAUAUUUUAUAACUCUUAAAGGUGUUGCUCAAAUCUGUUGAAAAUUUCCACAAAAUGUGUAAUUUUUUGUAAAGCACUUACACAGUUUAUCCUAAUUGAUUUAAUUACAAAAUCAUUUAUUUCCCUGUUUUUCUUUCUGACCAUUGGAAAAAUUAUGACCAUGGAUUCUCGCUUGCAGGAAAACUAAAAAAUCCAUUUAUUUAUUACCCAAACUGCAUAAAUAUUUAAUAGCAUUUGUUUACAGAUUGUGAAGUGUACUUUUUCCACCGUGAAAUUGUUUCGUUUUGUUUUUCUUUACGGAAAAUAUUUAUGGCAGUUGUGUUUGUUUUGUUUCAGCUCAAACUUGUUGUGUACAUUCCUAUUUUAUAUAAUUUCAUUAGUUUUGCUUCAUUUUAUUGUGCUUUUUGUUGGCUGCCGUCGUGACUUCCCCUCCUCACAAGUUUUUUUUUAUAUUCAGUGACCAAUAUGGAUUAAAUUUUAGCUGCAUACUGCACUGAAAAAAAUGUGGCUUAAAACAUUUGAGAAAAAUAAAAUAAAAAUGGAGUAAAAUAAUCAUCGCAUAGUUUCCGAUUCACUUUUCCUCCUAUUUCAGCCAAGAACUUUCGAAUGGGUCCGAUGUCCAUUUAACAAUACCCAUUUACAGUGCGACGCCGAUAUAAAGAACUACAUUUUACCACUUUGUAUACCCAAAUUUUCAAAUAACCGAAAACCCCACUAGAAAACUUUACGUUUCUGCAUCAUUCAACGUUACAAAAAUGUAUCAACAAUCUAGACAAUGUAUUGAAUAAAUGUUGUUUUAUUUUUAAUUUAUUUUUUUAUAUCUUUCAAGUUGAUUCGACUUCAAAGUCAACAGUUUGCUGAAUUGUUUUGGUUGCGUUUUCAGUGUUAUACGAAACCUAAUUGACGUUUCCUUUUUAUCCACAACCAAACAACUUUUUCGCUGGAGAAACACCCACACUUCAUUCUGACAUUCCCGCGUAUAACAAUAUUGUUUGUUUUCGUUUUGUAAUUAAAAUUAUUAUUCAAAUAUUGUGUCGGCAUAUUACAAAUUCCACUUUCGUACUUUGUUUACUUUCAUCGAAAAUAUCCAUACAUAUACUCGUAUCCAGCACAUUUGUUACACUUAGGCCUUGAAUUCAAUUAGGUCUAUGGAUAAUAUUUAAUAUUUUUUUAGACCGAAUCUAAAAUAAAAUAGUCCGAAAAUUAAUAAAUUAAAACUGAUAGAAAGAAAGCAGGAUUGCGUUUUCAUAUAAAGUCUGCGAUUUUCAUUAUAAUUUUGGCAUUCCUCAUAAUCUCAUUCAAAUUUAUUAGAGGACGUUGAACCAGAAAAUAUUUUUAAUCCAAACAACACUUUUGUUUCUUCAAAUUUGUUUAUUUUUGUCAUCGUUUAUUUUGGUUUAUCUAAAAUUAUUGGAGAAAUAAAAUAACAAGAAAUAGGACACAAUACAAAACACAAUUCAUUCAUCUCGCUUCAAAUCCUAAAAUAUACAAUUUUAAAAACGUUUUAGACGGUUAAUUCUUAGUUUUCUUGCGUUACAAUUUUGUUAUUUUAAAAUACAUGUUUAUUUUAAGUAAUCAUUUUUAAAAACGUGUCAACUGCUUCUGAAUUUUUUGUUGGACAUUUGUUGUUUAGAAAAGAAGUCUUUGUUUAUAGUAUAUUGUCUAUUGCUUAAGCUGACUUGGGCAUUUGUAGUUAUUGUUUAGAAAAGCAGCUGCAAGAAUACAAUUGUUUUUAAAAAUUAACUAAAAUCCAGCGAGCAAUUUGUUUGUUUGCAAUUAUGGACACCGACACCACUGCACGACAUUUAAUCGUAUUCGGUUUGCUUGAAACAAUAACCAAUUUAACAAUUUAGUUUGUUUAAAAGCGAAUACCACAUAUGCUCCUUUUACAUAUUUACUAAACUAGUCUGUAUAAGAAAUACUCGGCUAGUGUAUUGUAUGCAUAUAUAAAACUAGACAGUAUCAUAAUUUGUUAUGUAAGCUACCUUCCAUCGUGUGUUCGCAUAUAUGUAUAUAAAAACCUACAGACAUGAGUUUAAUGAGUAACUACAAAUUCUUACCAAAAACAAACUAAAAUCGUGUUUGGGGCAAAGAAAGAGCCGAUCUCGAAGGCUUUCAAUUUUAGCUCAGUUUACAAAACAAUUCAAUUCCUCUUGGUCAGUUUUACCGAUGUUUUGGGUAAGCAAUUCUUAAAAUUACAUUGUUUCGUUUAGCACUUGAUUGCAGUCAUUUCAAACUCUUCACAAAGCCUAGGACACAUCUGAGUAUUUUUCCAUAUAAUAUUAAAGUUAUUUGCACCAAAGUCGACAAUGCUAGAAUAUCUAUUCAAAGCAUAUUUAUAUUUCAUUUAUAAAGUUACGUUUGUACAAUUUUAGAAAUCCUUCAAGCUUUUGCAACUUAUUUUUGGAAACAAUCAUUUGUUUAUUUAAUUUAACUCAUGAAAUUAAUAUUUCAGCAAUAAGAUACAUUUUAAACAUAACUUAGCGUGUUCAGUUUAUUGCAUUAUUCGAUGAUCAUCUGUUUUCAAAAUACAAAACUUCAUUUAAAUAGUUCGAACAGGCCAAGGGAAAAUCAUGUCGGUAUUUCGCUUUAUCAAUCGCUAAGAAAUACAAUAUGUUAUACAUAUAUAUAUAGAGUUAUGUAUAUAUCGAAUUAUUUAUCACUGUUGCUGGUUUGUGUUUUGUUUAGUUGCCUAGUUGUCUACUGUGCGCCCUGAACUGCAGCCUCUCCAGAUUCCGUUUCGAAAACAUCGUCGGAUUCCUGGCCAACGUAGUCAAUAUCCUCAUCGCCGUGCUCCUCAUCGUUUUCAUCGUAGUCAUCGGGAUAUUCACCAUACUCGGAGGAUUCACCAAGCGUCCAGGCGUCGUUUUCCACGGAGUUUCGAGGACUGUAGCUGUUGCCUCCGCUCGUGAUGGUCAUAUUGUUGGCUGGGCGCAGCACACUGUGUAUGGAGAACUAAAGUUAAUACUUCAUUCGCAUGGGGGGCGUUAAGGAUUAUUUUGAAUAGAUGCACAAUUCGGAAUGCAAUGAAUGGCAUGUGAAGUGUGUUCUUUCUCGAUCUCAGGUGAGUUUUAUACUAGCGAGUUCUAAGAAAGCGUUUAAUAGUUGUCUAUGUGUUAGCUUGGUCUACUGACUGACUUUUGUGUGGUUAGCGGGUUUCGGGGUUAGGUGGGUUAGGUUGGUUAGGUUUGUUAAGGAGUGGCAUGUUGAAUGCGAUGCUAGGUUACGCAAUAAACGGGACAAACAUUUGUACACUUGAGAACUAACUAAUAAUGUUUGGUUAAAUGGUUGGUUAAGUAUUUUUGGGUUGCAGCAAUUUACAGAAUAAUGAAGAUUUUUUCGAAGUUGCCAGAGCAAACGGAGGAUUUUACAAUUUUGAAGGAAUCGGAAAUUGCAAAUUGGGGUUCAAUAACCAAUUGAUUCAGUGAUGGUAUAAAAAAUCGUAAUUGAUAAAGUUAGGUAAAAUAUAACAUCUUAAAGAAGCAUAUUAAUAGAAACAGGAACCUUAAACUUUCGGUAGACUAAAGUUAAAGUUAUCAUUAAUCUUCCCAUAUUUAAUACGAUAUUUUCAUAGAACACUUUAAUCAAUGGUUUAUCACCUCAUUUUCAAUUUCUCUGAUGCGCUACUAAUGCAAAUUUAGUAAGGAAUGCACCCAAAAUGAUUAUGUUUCGUAAUCACAAUGAGGAGACCUUUAAAUGUUUUAUGAAGUUAGAAUUGAUGCGGUUAGUUUUUCAAUCUUCGAGAGCAUUUUAUUGGUCGAAUUCGUUGCUCAGCCAAAUAAAAACCAAAUGAAGCCGCACAAGACAAAGUAACUAACGAACUGACGAACAAACAAUUUGGUCGAGACAAUUGCACAACGGCGAACAACAACGAAAUGAUUGAGUUGUAUGCAUAAAUAUUUAACAAUAAUACUACGACAUUUUUGAUAAAGAUUGCUCUAUUACAUUGGCAAAUGAUAGCCGCACAUUUGGCUUCGGGUUGGCUGUCGUUACUAAACAUUUCAUUCUAGUUGUCGUUGCAUUGGAAAAUCGUUUUUUUUUCUUGGUGGAUACUACGCGAGUUAGAUCCGUUCUCAAAAUGAUCGUUGUUCGAUUCGAUUCGAUUCGGCGAUUGUAUC